CAUAAAUCCAAUCUUAACCUCACGAUUCUCCUCAUCAUAACCAUUUACUUCAAGAAUAUUUCUUCGAGUAUCAGUCCGAAUUUUAAAUGCCCUUGAAACCCCAAACCCCAGGUCCAAAUCCUACGGCAUUACCUUCUGCACCCUUCUCUAGCCGGUCGAGAAAGCUAGACAAGGAUACUAAAGCAGGAUCUGGGAGAGCAGGAUCUGCGGGUGGAAUUGUGUUGAGUAUAGAGCAGAAAGGAGGUAAGGAAAAGGAGAAGGGAGAUAUGAGUUCGACAGCAAACGUCACAGGAGCACCACCGCCUAAGGAUACUGUAGGACCUGGGUCGGGACCGAGUCGCCAACGCCGACGUCCGAGGAAACUAAAUAAGGAACCGGUCGGCCAGAAUGCGAAUACAAACGCUCCUCCUGCUUCAAUGUCGGCGGCUACGAAUGAUGUCACAACGGCAGCAGCUUCAACGAUCGAGCUCGAGGCUCUAAAGUCGCGCGUGCGGGGCCUCGAAGCCAAAGUCGAGGAUCUAUAUAAGAGUGGUGCAGAUAUUCGGGGUGCGAGGUCACCUCGAAGGAGAGGAAAAGGCAGGAAGGGGUCGGCAGAACAACAGCCUACAAUUACAUCGGCUACGGCCACGGACGAAAAUCCAAUCGGGAAAGUUGAAGAGAUUGAAGAGGGCGGUGAGGAGCUAUCGAAGCUGGAGGGUGAACUCGACGUUGCUAGACAAGAUUUGGAAUCCUAUCGACGACUGCGACCGCGAAAUAUUCGCUUGAACUCUGGGGACACUGAGUACAUUGAAGAAAUUCCGAGGGAUUGGACGCCGACUACGGAAGAUACUGUGGAUACAGGCGAUCGGCAGAUCACGCUCACAGGAAGUUAUCGGAUCCCUCUGCCGUCGACUGUAAGCAUGGCAGAUGUCAAGAGUAUCCAAUCUGGCGUAUCCGCAGUGCAGAAUGUGGCUAGGAGUUUCUUGGAACAGAGAAGGGCACCACAGGCCGUGCAAGGCCAAGAGAAGACUUCGCAACCUCCAAGACCUCGAACUACUACAAGAACGGGAAGAGGCAAACCGGCCUCGACUGUAAAAGAUGUGGCUAUAGAGGCAAACGGAGGGCAAACCUGGGGUGAAUGGUUUGGCGGUUAUAGUAUGGCUAUUUCAAGAGCAGUCAAGAAUAUCGAAGCCGAGACUGCAAUCGAGAGCCAGAAGGCUACUGGAGUGCAGACAAAGGCGACUAUGGCCCCGAAAACAAUAAAGCCGGCUGCUGGAGGCGUUCCAAGGACUACUGGUCAGAGGCCUCCGUUCAAACCACGUGCAGGGAAUUUGAGCAGCGAGCAAGUCCAGGGCCUAAUAAGCUAA